GGAGAAGGCUCCACCACUGUUUGACUUGCUCCCGUAAGCUUUUGCGCAGUGCAGUGGACAAGGGCAGCCAAGAGCUUCCAUGCCAUGUGCCGCCCUUGCGUGAUUGUACCGUACCGUUUCCGCGCAGUCUUCUUGUAAAAAAAGCUCAGCCUUCUGUUGGGCUUUACCGUAAAAAACCCCUCUUCCCCUCAACUCUCCUACACCAUGUUCUCCGCCAAAUUCAUCAGACCUGCCGUCAGCACCUUCACCAGAGCUACUCCUCGCCCUAUCAUCACCAAUACCCCUUCAAUCGCUUCCCGGUUCUUCACCACUUCGUCGCCCAAGAUGACUGUCCACAACAUUGCUACCAAGGACGAGUUCAAGGAGGCCAUUUCCAAGAACCACAUCGUCGUCCUCGACGCUUUCGCUGAAUGGUGCGGUCCUUGCAAGGCUAUCGCUCCCGUGGUCGCCAAGUAUUCCGAGGAGCCUCAGUUCAAGGAGACUGUCUACUUCGCCAAGUUCGACGUCGACGCCCUUCCCGACCUCGCCCAGGAGCUCGGCAUCCGCGCCAUGCCCACUUUCAUCAUCUUCAAGGACGGCGAGAAGGCUGGCGAUGUCGUCGGUGCCAACCCCGCUGGUAUCAAGGCGGCCAUCACCAAGCAGCUUGAAUAAGCGGAGAUAUAUAUAAUGGGAUGGACAUGCGAAGAUGAUACCUAAAGAUAGAUAGGAAAUGAAAAGGUCUUGAAACAAGCACCUGGAAACAGCUCUGUGUGAGUGUCUGCAUGCGCAUGCGCGGAGGCCUGGGGUGCGAGGCUGUCCGGCCGGCUAGGCUGUGAUUACUUGUAAAGUGUCAAGGCUACGUGACUGUAACUUACCAUUACAGCUCGACGAGGAUGGAGACUGCCGCCGGUACGCAACUACCACCCAGUGUCCCAACAUGAGAAAUAGGAAGACCGGACAGUGUACCCAAAACGCUACGUACGUUAUCAAGCCUACUUCCCCAACGUUGUCAACUGAACCAAACUCGGCGUCCUCCUCAACUGCCUCACAUCCCCCU